AUGACCGAGGUGGUCAGUUUCAUCUCUGCUCCUCUGAACUCGUUCAAGAUAACCAUGAUCCCAGAAGCAGCGUACGCGUCGUUUGCGUGGUUCACCACCCGUCUUAGUGGCUCGAGGUUGUCGCACACCAGUGCGUUAGAUGCCAGGUUCUGGAAGAACGGGAACGCAGACACGGCAUCGGAGGCCACAGGUCGCCAAUCGGAAUGGACAAGACUCUCAUGA